CCAGCGUCUUCGUCGAAAGUAUGAACCCUGCGUUUCCAGCCGCAUCGCAACUCAUCACAGCCUCCGUCUGUCGAUACGCAUGAGUGGCUUCAUCGGGUGGCCCGUCGCUGGACAUCCCGGUAGACAACCAUCACAUUAACAGAGACAAGUUCUCUACCAACCCUGCACAUGUCGGCGAGACUGGCUGCCGGCUUACCCUCCACCCUCUUCAUGCUCUUCUCCUUCUUCGGCGCUCUUUGGGGCUACUGGGCCAUCCUCAAGCAUACCUCCCUCGUCACAGCGGCCUUUGCAACCUCCCAUGCUUCGGCUCAAGCGCCCCUCGCUGGCUCUCCUGAAGCCUUGAACCCCGAGCUCACCAAUACCAUCGGCAGGGAUCUCAUCAAGCUCUACUACAACGGUUCGGGCCCCGUCCCUGCGUACGACAAGAAGACGCCGUUGCCAGAGCCCAUCACUCCUCUGGGCGAGUCGGCGAUUGAGGAGUCGAUCGUGAACGAGCUGCUCUCCAUACUGGACACUCCCUAUUACCCGGACAACUGCUCAAAAUGCAUUGCCGCAGGCCAAGUGCUCCACGUUGCAGCCAUCAGUCAGUCAGUAGCCGUCUUCACAAAUGUGCUCAUCAGAGCCUGCAACGCUGUCCCCGAGUUCAAGUCCACACUCCGGGCGGCGUCGUGCGAGUCGCAUUUCAACGGCGGGGCUGGGUACGGUGCCUAUAUGGCGCAGCUCUUUUCCAAGAUGAGCCUGGCCACGGGCGACAUGCAGCAUUGGUGCUCCAUCAACUAUGAGUUCUGUGAAGUCCAGCCGCCGGUCUUGAUCGAUGAAGACUUCUACUUUGACCCGAAGCCGGAUUCAGCCAACGUCGCCCCCGAACCUUCCGGCCACACGUUCAACGUGCUCCAUCUCUCUGACUGGCACCUGGACCCUCGCUAUGACAUUGGGUCCGAAAGCAAUUGUUCGGUCUACAUGUGUUGCAGGCCAUACUCGGUCAACCGGGAACUGGCCACGGAUUCACACAACGCCUCUGUUCCUGCAUCAAGAUUUGGGUCGUUUCUCUGCGACUCGCCCGCGGAUCUGGCCCUGUCAGCGCUCAUCGAGAUGCCCAACUUUUUGGACAUGGACGAGCUUGCGUUCAGCAUAUUUACCGGUGAUAUCGUCUCGCACGACCCGGACGACAUGCUCUCCCGUGACUACGUAUCCUACGAGGAAGAGGUCACCUUCAAGAUCUUCAAGCGCCUGCUUGGAGACAAGAUCCCGGUCUACUCUGCUCUGGGGAAUCAUGACACCCUCCCCGUCGGCUUCAACACCCCUCACAGCAUGAACCCUGACCCCGCCAACCGGAGCAGCAACACCCUGCAGUGGAACUACGAUCUCCUGUCCUCGCUGUGGUCCGGCCAUGCGUGGCUGAACGACACAGAGUCGGAGUUCGCACGCACCCAUUUUGGCGCCUACGCGACCACCACCGCCCACGGGCUGCGGAUCAUCUCGAUCAACUCCGACUUCUGGUACAAGGAGAACAUCUUCAACUACUGGAACGUGACGAACCCGGACCCGAGCGGGAUCCUCAAGUGGGUGGCGGACGAACUGUCGGCGUGCGAAAAGCGCGGCCAGCGGGCGUGGAUCAUCGCCCACGUCCUCUCGGGAUACGAUGGCUCGGCCGGCAUGCCGAACCCGACCGCUCUAUUCUACUCGAUCGUGCGCCGCUUCUCGCCGGCGACCAUUGCAGCCAUUUUCUUUGGGCAUACUCACCAAGACCAAGUCCAGAUCUUCUACGACUACCUGCCUUCCUCGCUCGUCGCUGUUUCUGACUCCAAAGACUUGAAGACGUUGCGCGACACGACACAGAUCGACAUCACCAGGCCAUUACAGAUAGGACACAUCGGCCCGUCGAUCACACCCCUCACGGGCCUCAACUCAGGGUACCGCGUCUACCAGGUCGACGCGGGGACCUUCUCCGUCAUGGGCGCGCAGACGUACUUUGCCAACAUGUCCAACAGCCUGCGCUGGACGAAGCCGGUCUGGGAAUUCGAGUACGACACGCGGCACGUCUACUCGGUCGACCCGGAUCCGGACGCGGGGGUCGCGGUCGGGGACGAGAGAGCGCGCGACGACGAGGCCGAGAGCACGGCCGCCGCCUCUCACGGGCACGGCAUCUCCUGGCCCGCCGCGGCCCCUCUGAACGCGACCUUCUGGCAUCUGGUGACGGAGAAAAUGCUCAACGACUCCUCGCCUAGUCACGACGACGACGGGGACAGGGACAAGGACAGCUCGCCGUCGCCGUCGCCGCUCCUCCAGCUCUACGAGCGCCACGAGUCCAAAUCAAGCUCCCACCCGGACCGCCGCAUGAGCGGCGGCGUGGACAACCCGGCGCAGAAGGUGUGCUUCCUGCGCGCCGGCAGCGGGUACCUGGGGCAUUACUGCAAGGAGCGAUACGGCGGGGACGCGCGGUCCCAGCGCCAGAGGGACUAUAAUGUGAGGUGAGCCUGCGCGCGGAGAGAGA